AUAAAGAACCAUGAAUAAUAGUCUUUCAAACAUUAAAAUGGAACCACCUAAUACUACCGGAACUUCUUAACUAUUUCCGGGUCGGCUGGUGUACCAUACUACACAACAUGGCGGCCCGCGUCACCCUUCAGUCUACAGCGUUCCGCAAGGCGCUGCUUGGAGUUUUCAGCCUGCAAAGCCGGACAGCGGGAGCUUCUCGCUCCGCUGUCGGGCUCAGGUUUGUUUGUCACGCUGCUCCAGGAGAAGAAAAGACGGUGAUAAUAGAGUCUACGGAGGAAUACAAGUUCGUGGAGCGCCUCAUCCCAUCGUCACGGAUUCCCGCUCCUCCUAACCAUGCCGGUGUCACCCCGUCUGGCUGGACGCCUCCGGCAGAUUCACCGCCGCCUCUGCCAUAUAUGAUUCGCCGCUCCCGCAUGCACAACAUCCCGGUUUACACGGACGUGACCAGCGGCAGCCGCAGAACAACUCUCAUACGAAAGGUGGAGGGAGACAUUUGGGCUUUGGAGAAGGACGUGAAGCAGUAUCUGAAGGACGUGACGGGGAAAGAGCUCCCCACUCAAGUAAAUGAGGUGACCAUGACUCUGAGGGUCAAAGGUCACUUCGAUGACGAGCUGAAGAAAUGGUUAGCCAACAAAGGCUUCUGACUGAGGUGAUGAGGAGCUGCUGAACUUCUUGGACUAUCACAACAUCGUGGUCAGAUGGCAGAUGGAGGACUGCUCAGCCCUGGCUGGAGUCUGUUGGCAUGGCAACACCUUGAAACAUUGUCUUCACAGUACUUUCAAACCUGUUUCAAGCCAUAUGGAUGGACAGAUUGUGGAGACGUUGUUGCUGUGAGAUCAAAUUGUGUUCAACAGUGUACAUACCAUUAUGUAAUUGAUGCAACAUUAAAAAGCAUAGCUUGUGUGUUAGUACUCCAGUAAACCAGACAUAAAGGCAAAGAUGUGGAAUAUGCACAGAAAA